GCGAACUCGAUGUCGGGGAGGCGGUCAACCCAAUCUUUCUGGUCCGGACGGAUGAGCGUACGAAGCAUCAUUUGAGCGGUUUGAUGUGCCCGCUCCGUUUGCCCGUCCGUCUGUGGAUGCCGAGCCGAACUUGGUUUCAUCUUCGUGCCGGACUCCUGCAUGAGAGCAGUCCAAAAUGCCGACAUGAAGCUUGUGUCGCGGUCGCUGACUAUGUCUUCCGGUACACCGUGGCCACAAAUCCAACUGGUGUGCAAGAGGCGUGCCAGCUCGGGAGCCGUGGAGUAGUACAUGCAAGGGAGAAAACGCGCAUACUUACUCAAACGGUCCACAACCGUGAGGAUGGCGUCGUGUCCGAGGCGGUCGGGGGGGAAUGGUCCGGUGACAUCCAUGGCAAUGGAGAGACCGGGUUCCUGCGGGAUCGGCAUCAGGCGCAGCUCGCCGUAGGGGUUGCGGUUGUGGGGUUUGCUUCGUCGGCAAACUUCGCAAGAGUCGCAAUACCUCGUGACGGCGGUGAUGAGGUCGGGCCAUCGGAAUCGCUGUCGAAGCCGUGCGAUAGUGCGGUUGACUCCGAAAUGGCCGGCGAGUCGCGAAUCAUGAUACUCGUCGAGGAGGCGAGUCCGAAGACGGCGGUCGCGUGGGACACAUAGUAAGUCCUUGCCCCGCGAGUGCAGGACCAAGUACCCAUCGGCGAUGUGAUAGUGGCUGGCCGGCGGGUGAUCCGAAGA